AUGUUCUCAGCAAGUAGAUGGGACUCAACUCCCCAGCAGCUCAGCCUGAUCGGCUGCUCCCCUGGCACAAGGUGUGUAGGUCGCAGCGCCGUCUUGGGACAAGGACUGCCCCGCCUGCACCUUCGGCAUGCUCCUGCCCUGGGUGGGGUGCACCGUGCAGACAGUGUGCUCUGCAGCAGCUGUGACCCCCCUCUCCACCUGUGCUUGUGUCUGAAAGUCUGUGCAAGAGGGCAGGGACCUCUCCAGACGCCAGAGGUUACGUCUCCACCUCAGCUGCUGUGCUCAGCCAGGUGGUCACUGCUUUCAGAGCCGGGCAAGGUGGGCACCUCUAAGUGGGCCAUAUCUUAG